UGAUAAAAGGGACUUUGACAUGUCACUGCAGAGAACAAGGAAGGUGUACUUCCCAGGGUCACGCCCUCUGUGAAGCAGGCAUUUAUAAGCGAGCUGCACAGUCUGUUGACACUCAGACGCUCAGCAAUGGCCGGUCCGUCAGUGAAUUUUGUUUCAAGGGAAUCCUGGGCUGCAGCAAUUCCCCGAGCAACAACAGCUUUAACAGGUUCUGUGCAGGUUGUUAUCAUACAUCACACUGCUCUGCCCAAAUGCACCGACCUAAGAAAGUGCCAGGAGCAACUUGCCAGCAUUCAGGCAAACCACAUGGAAGACAGGUCCUUUGACGACAUCGGAUACAACUUUCUGGUUGCAGAUGACGGCACUCUGUUUGAGGGUCGUGGCUGGGGUGUGGUCGGGGCACAUGCAAAAGGCCAUAAUUACAACUCACUUGGGAUUGCUUUCAUGGGAAAUUAUAUGGAGGAUGAACCCAGUGUGGUUUCAUUAAAUGCAGUGAAAAAACUGAUUCAGUUUGGAGUGAGCAAGAAGUUUGUGGAUGACAACUAUGACCUGAAAGGACAUGGAGAGUUGACACAGACAGAAUGUCCGGGGACCCAUCUUUACAAAGCCCUAUCACAGCUGAAGAGCACUUCUUAAAGCCAAAAGUAAAAAAAAAAAACAAAAACAAUCAUAUCUACCUCAACGUCCUCAAAUCUAAUCGAAAUGCUUGAUUACUCUAGGUUAAACACUAACUCC